AUGCAGACCAAAGACAUCAGUCCACCAGAUGGUGGCUAUGGAUGGGUUGUGGUGGUGUCAGCCUUCAUAGUGAUGGGCCUCACUGCUGCUGUCCUCAAGACUUUUGGUCUCUUCUUUGUUGAAAUCCAGGAGCACUUUGAUGAGCUUGCAAGCACCAUUUCUUGGAUCACAUCGAUAACUAUUGCCACCUUUCAUUUAGGAGCCCCCGUUGCCAGCUCACUAUGUGUAAAAUACACCCACCGUGCUGUUGUGAUCACUGGAGGACUCCUUGCAUUUUCAGGAAUGGCCCUGGGAUGUCUUGGGCUCAACAUGAUCUGGAUGUAUGCAACAACUGGCUUCCUACAAGGACUUGGGAUUUCCUUUUCAUGGACACCAGCCAUCAGCAUUGUCAGCCAUUAUUUUUCCAAGAAAAGAGCUCUGGCCAAUGCUAUUGCCAGUGCUGGAGAAUGUGUGUUUGCGUUUACAUUUGGGCCAUUUUUCCAGUGGCUGAUUGGUCAGUAUGGAUGGAAAGGUGCCCUCUUGAUCAUAGGUGGCACCCAACUCAACAUCUGUGUCUGUGGAAUACUGAUGCGGCCCCUGACAAGCAGCUUCCACCCUGAGGUGAGCCAUCCUGAACCAACACCUGGCAGUGGUGCAUCUAAGACAGACAAAGAAGGGAAGUCUAUCAUCACACACAGAACCUUCAACUGGAUGCUUCUGAGGAGGGCAGAAUUUGUGCUUUACGCCAUGUUUGGCAUACUAGCUGCAAUGAGUUUCUUUGUUCCUCCGUUAUUUUUAGUUCCACUGAGCUACAGCCUGGGAAUAGAAACUAUUCACUUACUGACAAUGACAAUCACCUUGAUCAGUACUUCUUUGAUGCUUCUGCCACUGGCUAACAACUACCUGUCCUUGGCAAUAUUCACUGGCUUCUAUGGAUUCUUCUUUGGCACAACAGUUGCUGUUCACAUUACAGUGCUAGCAGAAGUUGUGGGCAUGUCAGAUUUUGACAGUGCUUUAGGGCUUUUCAUGCUUAUUCGAAGCACUGGAGGAUUUCUGGGGCCUCCUCUUGCUGGUCUGAUUGUGGACAUGGCUGGAGACUACAGAGCAGGCUUCUACAUGGCAGGAGCCACUCUCAUCCUAGCAGCUGUAUUUUUAGUUGUUUUAGAUCAAUUUCAACAAAGAAGUGAAAAAGGAAACCAUACGAGUACUAAAUCAGAAAAAUUAUCAUUACCUUACACUUCCUUCCAUUUUCUGAAACUUCAGAAAAGAAGGUACCAAGACCAUGAUGUAGCGGUGUGA